CCUUGAGCUGGUCCCCCCCCUAGUGUUGCCCCCCAGCAGAGGCAGACGCUGGAAAACGGAGUCGCGCGUAGGAGACCGUGUGCUCCCUCUCGUUCGCCGACCGCGCCAGCCGGGCCGUGUUCGGCAACGACUGCGUGGCGGAGGUCGAGCGGCGGCAGGCCCUGGAGGAGCUGCGCAGCAGAUACGUGCUCCUGAGGAUCGCCCUGCGCAUGCUGGUGCCCAGCUUCGACCUCUCCUCGAAGCAGCGGCUCCCAGAUAAUGUCGCCUUCAACAUCCUGUCGCACAUGCCGCGCCACGACUGCGCCGCCAUGGUGUGCCAGUCCUGGGCGAAGUUCUGCAGGGGGCACGCGUUGUGGGGGAACCGGCUGCGGAGCAAGACCCUCUCGGAGAGGAUCAUACAGUGGCUGCCGCCCUCCUCGCCCUCGGCCAGCGUCUGCAGGUGCUGGUGGGAGGCGUCUAGGUCCAGCCGCAUCACGUUCCGUGAGGGGAUGACCGCCGUGCACGAGGCCAGCGCCGAGCCGGGGAAGGUCUGGGCCCCCGCCUGCGCGCAGCUGCGCGCCGCCGUGUGGGCCGCGCUGAGCAGCCGCAGCGCCGCGCCGGCGGGGGCCGACCGGCUGCUCGAGCGCGUGCGCGAGUGCGAGAUCGACGGCGGCCCCGACGGCAGCGGGGCGCUGCCAGGCAUGCUGAAGCGGUGCCCGCUGCUGCGGGUGGCGGACGUGAAGCACCCAGACGCGGUGCAGGCC